AUGCCAGCAUGCGCAACACAAGUUGACAAAAGAUGUCCCUUGUCGCUCAAGAUAGACUGGUGGGAGAUUCCCCCCUAUAUCUACAAAAACGAGAAAGGCGAGGUCAAAGGAAUAUUCCAUCAGGUUUUGGAAAAACUGGUGAGAGAAUGCUGUGAUAAAGAUCCGAAUAAAAAUCAGCAGGAUAGUGUCCCAGUCUGCGUGAAGCUUGACUACAGUGAAGUGCCUUCCAAUGACUCCGAAGUUGUCAAGAAACAUAUCAACAUGAACGGUAAAUAAGCAGGCUUUUGUGGUAGUUUUUAGCUGUGUGACGUAACAUCACAACUUAAGUCUGAAUUAUUUUAGCCGAUCACAACAAGCGCGAUAAUUCAGAUAAACUAAGACGGCAAACGUGGGAAGACGCGUUUGCAAAGUUCAUGACGUGUUUACGGAAUUAAUUAAUUUUACCAAUCAUAAUGCAUAUAGGUAAUCAAUGAACCAAUCAUGUCCUGAAGCAAGUACAUCAGUCAGUGACGAGCGUGGGAACUUGUGGCGCAAGCAAGUUACGACUGGUCGAGGUUUGGAUUCUGACUGGCUGAGAAUUUGGCGCAUGAUUUUCAUAGGCCAUCACAAAGCACGUUCAUGGGACAACAGCAAUGCCACCCCAAAUGCGAAAUAAGUCUCAAUACUCAACUAAAAUCUGUUCUUAAUUUGAGUUGAUUAUAGUUUUCGUCCCAUGUAAGGGAAUUCAAGACAGUCUUGGAUUCUGGAUUCCGCGCCGUCGAUUCCGGAUUCUUGGUCCGGAUUCUAAUCGUUAGUGGGAUUCCAGAUUUCUUGUAGCUUUAUAUAUAACUAACAAAGCUCUUAAGUUAUGCCUUAAGACUUAAGUCCCAGAUCAUCUCUCUGUCUCUCUGAAAACUAGCAAAAGGUUACUUGAAAGCAGCGUAGCUCAUUUCACAUAGGAUUUGCUCAACAGUGCCCAUACUUUUUACUUUGUUGAGGAGAAGUGCAGUAAAAUUUCAAGAAAUGAAUGGAAACUAUAAUAUAAGCUGUUCUUGGCUCGUUUCAAGCCAUGAUAUCACCGGCGUGUAGCGUAAGGGAGUGUAAGAUCCAUUUGAGUAUUGCUCACUUGCUGCAUGAAGGAAGAGAGAGUGGGAGCUCUACCUAAUAUGUGACGUAUUCGACACAAACGAUUUCUUCCUUGGUUUUCUUUAGAAGAACUGGGCGGGUAAAAAACUAUCAUCUAUCUAUCAUGUCAUCGAGUCCCUUUUUCGCCAUGUCACACGAACUCCAAUUAAUAAAGGCAAGCGUUUUUAUCUUCGGUGCAAAGCUGGCCUAACAUUUGCCAAUCCUGGUUCUGUGUUUGGUGAGCAGUGCAGUAAAAUUCCUUUCCUUGCUGGGAGCUACCAUCUCCUCCAUGGAAAAAAUGCAAUGGUGCUAAUGUAGUUAUUCGCGAAAACCUGACAGAAACCGUAAUAUUUUAUUUUUCUUUUGAAGGCACCGUGAUGAGCAUGCCUAUCUAUGGCGACAUGAAAGACAUAACUUUCCAGAAUCACCCAUUUUACCCUGUUGUGGAGUCCCCCGGGGUCGUUUUCAUCGUAAAGAAGGAGGACUCUUCAAACGCCGCUCAAGCUGUCAUGGAAGCAGUAUUCCAAGGGUGGCCUGUUCUAUUGCUCACGCUGAUCAUGGCCGCACUCUCAGGAAUAGUGGUCUGGGCUCUAGUAAGUGUGUUAAACGUAAUGUUUACUGCGGUGAAGCAAAGUAUUAUUCGAGGAAAUACGGAAUUUAACGUAAAUGGCAAAAUGAUAAUAAAACAAAUAAAUACUUCGCUUUCUUCUCUGUUCGUAGGAUACCUACUGGAACCCGGAGGAGUUUCCUCGCUCUUUUUUCAAAGGAACAUGGGAAGGUUUUUGGUGGGCUUUCGUUUCCAUGACUACUGUUGGGUAAGCUACAUUUGUUGAUCCGUUUACACAAUUCUUGCCUUUUUUGGUACUUGGUAGUAAGUAAACUACUCUUUCUGCGCUUAUAAAAAAAUCCGGUCGGUAGGGACAUUUGUUAUGCUUUACGGUCGUUAUCAUGACCGGUUUACAAAGAAAGCAAAAGCAGUGACGAAGAAACAAAGUCAGGAAAAGAAAUGAGUACCGCCCCCUUAAAAAUGUUUCAUGGACAAAAACAAUACCUUUCAGUGCGCUUUUUACUUUUCUGUGCAUUUCUUCGUCGUUUUCUUUGAAUUAAAACAAGAGUGGUAAAUGCUGCAGGGUAUAAUUUGACAUUAAAAGAUUUCCUUUUGAGAGAGUCGAAUGUAUAAGAGGCGGUACGUUCGCGUCGACUUUCCUGUAGAUUCAUUUGACCCAGUUACUAUUUUUCCUUGUGAGCUACGAUCAUUUGCCAAAAGUGAUAAGGGGAAUGGAGCUGAAAUGUGUCACGCAAUUGUUUCCGUGAUCGUUACCGAGAACGCGCCGGUCAGCUGUUGUAUAAUUUCUCUCCUGUUCCUAAUAACAGUUCUAGAAGUCUUUGCGAAAGUUAACGUGACCCACCCUCCUUUCUGAAGUGGCAAAUUUACAGUCUUUCAUUCUCGCAGGUGAUAAAUAAUGAGCUUGCGCUCCAUCUAAUUUUUGAUUCUUUUUCUUUCAGUUACGGUGAUCGCGCUCCUCGCUCAGUUUUGGCGCGAACGUUUGCAUUCAUAUGGGUUCUUAUUGGCCUCGUGAUCAUCUCCAUUUUCACUGCUACAGUUACAACGUCGCUGACAGCCAUAUCCCUCAGCAACGAAAUCAAACUUUACGGAUCAGACGUGAGUCAUUUUCAGCCUUUUAACCCUUUAAACCCCAGGAUCCGUAUACAAAUUCUCCAAACUGAUCUCCAUACAUUUCCUUAAAGAAUUAGUUGAGAGAAUUUGAUAAAAGAUCAAAGCACUUUCUCUGUAGUGAUCAUUUUAUUAAUUCUCUUAACCUUCUCUGACAAUGUAUAUCUUUUGUUAGGAGAAAAUUAAUGCUGGUGACCUUUUUAAGUUAAGCCCAUAGGAGAGGGCGAGGCUAGCCACUGCCUUUGAUCUCGCCGCUUCGCACUAUGCACGAUUACCCACUAGGGCUGUUAAAAAACUAUAUAGGGAAGGAGCCAUAGCAUUUGGAAAUGAGGUGGAUAAAAAAACACAUCACCCAUUCCUUCCUGUUGGCACAAAACUGACUGACCCAACCAAACCUCAAUAUCUCAGUACCUAAUUCUGUUUGAGUUUUUGCUAUCUUUUCACCGGCUUGGUGUACCGUAUCUUUGUCAUCAGGUUGUUGCUCUGAAGAACACAGAGGAGCAAAGGCUUGGCGUGAGAAACAAUGCUAAAGUCACAGGUUGGUGUAAUAAAUUAUAACAUCCAUGAGGAAACCUUCAGCAUCAAUUUUGUUCUAGCCGAAUAGAUUUGACCCCUAAAUCCUACUUUCUGAGGCCAGAGACUCGCCACCGCCCAGAUCAAAGCUCUCAAUGUCGAUUACCUUUUCGUCUCGAGCCCGAGAUCAGUGUUUCACCCGUGAAGCCAAAUGAGGCGAAUUACGGUUACGGUAAGAGACUUUGCUAACGGUGUCAUAUCCAAUUAUAUUUUUAUCACCUUUAUAGAGGACGUCAAAAAAUUAGCGUUUAAUCCUUCCAAAAUAUUUUAACUUGGGGGCGUAUCUACCCUUCCCCCUCUUAUACCAAAAAAUUUUUUGGUCAUAUCUAAAAUUAAACAAUCUUUUUGUUUCAGAAAAGAACGUCGUCGAAGAACUGAAAAAUGCCGUAACAGACGUGCAAAGUAAAAUAACCGGGGCUCUUCUAGACAGUUACGUCGCGGGCUACUGGGCAAAUAAUGGGGAAAAUCCAGUGUUAAAAGACAACAACCUUCGCGUGGGAACUGUUCUCGAUCAUCAGUUUGCAUAUGGCUUUGUGAUCACUGGUCAUCUUCAAAACGACAAAACGGAGAAGUGCAUGAGGAAGAAGUUAAACAGCAUGGAAACUGAGAUCACUGAGAUUAUUCAGAAGAGCGCGCAAACAAUGGAGGUAAUGAGGAAGUUGUGAAAUCAUCCUGUCGAAUCACUGCCACAACUGUUGCCAGCCUCGUUUUCAACCUCGUCCCGAAGGCCUUCUCUUUUUCCAAUCCGCCAUUUUAAUUGAAAAACGAAACUACCCCUGGCUGCUGACUCGUCCCCAGUCGUCUAGUUGUCUCUACUCAUUAAUCAUCCCCUUCGUUAAAGAGCCCGUUCUAGUCUUCCACGCCAAAUACUAGUUAGUACUAAUAAUGAGAGACGACUGGGGACGAGUCAGCCACGGCUGUAUGAUCUCAUUGGCUCUCUAACUGCCCACCUACCCCUCCCCUGAACCAACAUUUUUCCCUAAGCAAGAACUUUGUGUUAACUUUGAGUUAGGGGAGGGGCAGGUGAGCACAAAUAUGGUAGUUCAGAACCGAAACUUGAAGCACGAAUCUACUUGACUUACACAACACAGCCUGGUCCUCUCAGUCGAGAUCGAGUGCUUUUAUAGCGUUCCAGGUGACCAGCUUAGUUUCAUACGUACCGAGAGGGAGAGCCGAGCCCCGGGGAUUAUUAUGCUAGAGAGACUGCCCGCAAUAUCACUAUUUUUCUCGCCUCCUUCCAACCCUAUUACCCUAAGUAUAUUUCUUUGAUAGUCAUCUCCAGGCUUAACUCCUUACAUUUGAAACCAAGCUGGCCGCUCGUAAGGGUAGGCGCGCGACGAAUAGGAGACUAAAGACAGUCUAGAAUGAAUUUUCAGUAGAACAGGAUUCAAUUAAAACUUGUAGAUUCUAUGGUAUCCCAUUUUUUUUUGUUAGGAUCCGGAGGCGAGUGCAGCCGUGGAAAAGACCAACAACUUGUUCGACGCGGAGUCACCUAUGUUCAAGAAGGCCAUUUACACAUGCAUAGGGUUGGUGGGCUUGCUGACCAUCUGUGGGCUCAUCUGGGAGUUUGCUUACUGGAGACCACGUCAACCCAAAGAAGCUAAAACUGGUGAGUGAAUAGUUACUCUAUCCGGGGGGAGCUGGGAAGGAGGGGAAGUGGAUACCCUCAUAUAUACAGUGACUAUGAGAAACUGAAAAGCAUUGUUUUUAACAACAAGUGGAUAUGGAUUUAAAAAGUUACAAGUCUACAGUAGGGGUGCACGUGAAUACUGCUAAGCAGCCUAGUCUGUUUUUAAACAAUAUAUGGCUUUGGAGCUUCGGUGUCACACUACCACCAGGAAAUUUUUCCGCUGAAACUCUGUAAAUUUUGUACAAUUGACUCGAACGAUGUCCAAAGAAAAAAGAAAGCGCGUUGUGACUGAUGAUCGGAAAAUUCCCCUAUUCGCUGCCCUCACUGCCGCCGGUCAACUCGGACUCUUUUUUCUCCACUUUGGAAAAGUUCUUUCGCGCCACCGCCAUCGAUACUUGGCCAGAGUGUUUUUAUUCCUGAGGAAAAACCCUUUUCUUACCAAGUUUUUUUUUCGUGUUUGUUUGUUUACAGAGGUGGAGCGAAUCGUGACACCAGAGACUUCGUACGAAAGCCUGGUAGCGAUGCAGUGCGCCGAGAUCGAGGAAGCCAUGAUGAAUGAAGUGCAGCGAUUUUACAUCGCCUGGAACAAGAAACUUGAAGAACUGAAGCGCAGAAAUGGAAAUCAGUUAGGGGCGGGUGACUCUAAUGUGAUGGGUAUGGGAGUAAGCGGAGGAGAUAUGAGAAGCAUGUGA